AUGUUGCUUUCCACGCCUGCCCCGCUCUUCGCCCGUGCAGCCCCCACUCUCCGGGCAUUUUGCCGAAGCGUUUGUUUCUCUCCGCGUUGCGCUCGCCUUCCCCUUGCGGUGUCUUUCUCCGCGAAAGGCAACGUGUGUUUCUUUCCGACCGGCCGUUCUCUCCACUUCUCUACUGCCAUCUCCCCGGCAGCGUCGGCCUCCCAGCCCCCGGCGCCUGCUGCCCCGUGCACCGUGCCAAAGAGCAGAGAGGCGGAAUGUCCUGCGCAUCGGGCGGAAACGAAAACCUCUGGGACAUCGUGUGAUGUGGCGGGCGACUCCCCCCAUCUCCUCCGCCCAUUCCAAACCGAGGCGGCUUUGCAGAAACGCAUCUCGGGACUCCAGACGGAGCUCUUGGGCGCCAACUGGGUGGACUACUUGACUGGCGUGCUGGACUCGCCUUUCUGGGAGGAGGAACUGCGCGUGAUCGAAGAAGAAGCGCAGCCGUUCGCGAACAGUGCAAAUGUCCAAGCGUCGCUGCAGAGCCUGCGUCGCCUUUUCGAUCUCUUCUACCAACUGGCCGACAUCCGCGACCACCUGAAUCAGUUGAUGGAACUGGGCAGUCGAGCGGCUGGCAUCGCGGGCACCGGACUGAACGCGUCCGAGAAGGUUUCGAAUAUCGACGAGCAUGCAAAAGCUGCUUCGGCCGAGUACGACCGCCUCAUGAAGGAGUACCCCGAAUACUGUGCGAAAGUGGAUGACGUUCUGGGCUCCGGACUGGCUCUGCUCCGACAGAAACACCGGUUCACCUUCUCGGGUCUUCAUCGGUUCUUCUAUUGA